UCAAUUGAGUUAUUGGAAAGGGAGGGCUCGGUUAUAAAAAGUUGAAACUCUUAACUGAAUUGAUUUCUGGAUUGACUACAGAUAUGAAUCAGUCAAACAGAGCAUUUAUUAGUGGUGUACUCUUUACACAUCCUGAGAUGGAUACCAAAAGUUAGGGGCAUGGGUCCCUGCCCAGAAUGAAGAUUAUGAGAAUUUUAAAGGAGCUAUAUACAUAUGCAAAGGUAAACAAUUAUCAGACAGCUGGGAAGUGCCAAAUUCAUGGUAUGAAGGAGAAAGAGACUAGAGGAUUGCGGACCUAAUCUUCACAGGGAUAGUAGAGUUUGACCCUGGCCUCAAAGGAUGGUUAACAUGAGUAUGGAGGAAAGGAAGUAGGGGAGGUGAAAGGGAGAGGCCAUUCAUCCAUCCAUCCCUUCAUUCAGGAGAUUCAUUCAGAUUUGUUUGGAACCUCUGCUGUGUGCUAGACACUGUUCUCCGAACCUGGAAUAGAGUGGAAAAUAAGAUAAGGUUUCUGCCCUUAUGGAAUUUACAUUCUAGUGGGAGAAGACAGAAGGGCAGUAAACAAGUAAACACUACAUGGAAAAUCUGAUGUCAGAGAGUGAUGUCUUGUGAAGAUAGUAAUGAACAGAGUAGAGGAAAUUAUAAAGUGCUCUUUAUAGCCCUACUUAUUCUGUGAAUAACCUAUUUUGCCUGUGAUAUCCUGGUGAAUAAUGUUAAUGAUUUAACUUUUUAUUAUUUAUUUGCAGUCCAAACCAAUUUGAAUAGACGUCUACACAUUAAUUGACUUCAUCUUUAACCAAGUUUUAAAAAGAAACCUACGUAAUAUUUUGUAGAUUGAAGCAUGCACGCUGAGUUUUUAACUCCUUGUUAACAAUUUGUAUGCAAUUCUUCUGCUGUUAUUUGCUAAGAACCUCAUGUUUUUACAGUGAGGUUGAUGUCAUUCUUUACAGUUUACUUAGAGUUGUAUGUGUUGGGCUGUAUACUUAGGUAAGAGUCUCCAUUAAGAACGAUAAUCACAAUAGUGCUAUAAAGUGAAGCUAAACUCCAAGGACAGUUUGUUUUGAUGGUACCUUGUAUGAGAGCGCACAAAACAAAAGAUGUACAGAAACUACAAGUAAGCUCUUCAGCUCAGUUACCAGAAAAUGGGGUCAAGGGUGACACCCCCUCCAGGCCUCGUCCACAUGGUGCAGGAAUCUGAUGGACAUGAAUUACCCGUUUCACAGAUGAGGAGACUAAGACCUUAGAGAGACUAAUUUAUCCAAAUCCCAAAGCAAGUAAGAAGUGGCAGCGGACCUGGAGCCGAGACCUUCUGACUCGUUCUCAGAGAGAGCGGUGAUCUGGCUCCUCCUACAGAAUCCGGUCAAGAUUAUAUGAAGUCGGAUAUACAGCUUUUCAGCCCCGUGUAAAGCUGUUGGAGCGAGGGAACAGAGGUAAAGAAUGAUGUAAUGCACUGGCUGCCCCAAAGCAUCUUUUGUUGGAAUGGUUAUUCCAGUCAUCUCUUUAUGAAUCAAAUGUGAGGGGCUGCUUUGUGGCAGGAGGCCUCUGCGAGAGCACAUCAACGGGAAAGAGAAGGAGACAUUCACUUGGAGGGCUCUUGCUGAAAAUGGGUUUAACUCUCCUCUUGCCAGUCGCCGCCAGCCUGACCUCAUACAUCUCAGUACAACGGAGUGGCUGAGCCUUUGAGCACACCACCAUUACAUCAUCGUGGCAAAUUAAAGGAGGAGGUGGGAAAAGGGGACUUAUUGUUGUCAUGGCCCAUGAGAUGAUUGGAACUCAAAUUGUUACUGAGAGGUUGGUGGCUCUGCUGGAAAGUGGAACGGAAAAAGUGCUGCUAAUUGAUAGCCGGCCAUUUGUGGAAUACAAUACGUCCCACAUUUUGGAAGCCAUUAAUAUCAACUGCUCCAAGCUUAUGAAGCGAAGGUUGCAACAGGACAAAGUGUUAAUUACAGAGCUCAUCCAGCACUCAGCCAAACAUAAGGUCGACAUUGAUUGCAGUCAGAAGGUUGUAGUUUACGAUCAAAGCUCCCAAGAUGUGGCCUCUCUGGCCUCAGACUGCUUUCUCACCGUACUCCUGGGUAAACUGGAGAGGAGCUUCAGCUCUGUUCACCUGCUUGCAGGUGGGUUUGCCGAGUUCUCCCGCUGUUUCCCUGGCCUCUGUGAAGGAAAGUCCACCCUAGUCCCCACCUGCAUUUCUCAGCCUUGCUUACCUGUUGCCAACAUUGGGCCAACCCGAAUUCUGCCCAAUCUCUAUCUUGGCUGCCAGCGAGAUGUCCUCAACAAGGAGCUGAUGCAACAGAAUGGGAUUGGUUAUGUGUUAAAUGCCAGCAACACCUGUCCCAAGCCUGACUUUAUCCCUGAAUCUCAUUUCCUGCGAGUGCCUGUGAACGAUAGCUUUUGUGAGAAAAUUUUGCCGUGGUUGGACAAAUCAGUAGAUUUCAUUGAGAAAGCAAAAGCCUCCAAUGGAUGUGUCCUAGUGCACUGCUUGGCAGGGAUCUCUCGCUCUGCCACCAUCGCCAUCGCCUACAUCAUGAAGAGGAUGGAUAUGUCCUUGGAUGAAGCUUACAGAUUUGUGAAAGAAAAAAGACCUACUAUAUCUCCGAACUUCAAUUUUCUGGGCCAGCUGCUGGACUACGAGAAGAGGAUUCAGAGCCAGACCGGAGCGGCGGGGCCCAAGAGCAAACUGAAGCUGCUGCACCUGGAGAAGCCAAGCGAGCCCGUCCCCGUCCCCGUCCCCGUCCCCGUCCCCGUCGCCGUCCCCGCGGAGGGCGGGCAGGGAGGCCAGCCGCCCCUCGGGCCGCCCCGCGCCCGCCCCGCCGCCGCUCCCCCGGAGGCGGCGGGGCCCCGGCCUGCGCCCCCCGCCGCCCAGCCCUCGCCGCCCGACGACGGCCCCCUGGUCCAGGCGCUCAACGGGCUCCACCUGCCCGCGGACCGGCGGGAGGACAGCGGCCGCCUCAAGCGCUCCUUCUCCCUGGACAUCAAGGCGGUGUCGCCGUCGGCCGGCGCGGCCGCGCCCCUGCGCGGUCUCUCCUCCCCGGAGGCGGCCCCGGAGGCCUACAAGCCCUCCUCCGCCCUGGAGGGCGCCGGCAAGCCGUGCCAGUUCUCCCCGGUGCGGGAGGUGUCGGAGCAGACGCCGGAGGCCAGCCCGGAGCGGGAGGAGGCCGGCCCCCCCCGGGGUCCCCAGCCUCCUAGGGCCCCCGAGGGCCCGGGCGCGCGGCCCCGCGCGGGGAGGCCGCUCCUGUCGCCCCUGCCCCGCAGCGGGAGCGUGGAGGACCACUGCCAGCCCCGCUUCCUCUUCGGCCUCUCGGCCAGCCAGCAGCACCUGGCCCCCUCCGCCGCCGCCGGGCUGGGCCUCGAGGGCUGGCACUCGGACAUCCUGGCCCCCCAGCCCUCCGCCCCCUCCUUGGCCAAGAGCUGGUAUUUCGCCCCUGAGCCCACUCACUUCUACUCGGCCUCGGCCGUCUACGGAGGCCACGCCGGCCCCCCGGCCUUCAGCUGCGGCCAGCUGCCCGCCUGCGGCGGCGACCCGGGCCACUCCGUGCGCCGGCGGCAGAAGCCCAGCGACAGGGCCGACUCCCGGCGCAGCUGGCACGAGGAGAGUCCCUUCGAGAAGCAGUUCAAACGCAGAAGCUGCCAGAUGGAGUUUGGCGAGAGCAUCAUGUCCGAAAACCGGUCGCGGGAGGAACUGGGGAAGGUGGGCAGCCAGUCGAGCUUUUCAGGCAGCAUGGAAAUCAUCGAGGUCUCCUGAGAAGAAAGACACUUGUGACUUCUAUGGACAGUUUUUUUUCCUCGUUCACAAAAAAAUAUUCCCUGUAAAUCUGAAAUAUAUAUAUGUACAUACAUAUAUAUUUUUGGAAAAUGGAGCUAUGGUGUAAAAGCAAAACACGGACCAACACCGUCGUUCUAACAUCUGCAUUUGAGAGAGCAGCUAGUAUUUCUCUCAACACAAGUGGAAGGGCAGAGGCUAGCUUUCCCCCCAGGCACAUGAACCAAUUCCAUGCAGUGGACUGCACAUCCUCUCGUUCUUACUAAAUCGAGUUCUAUUUGGUGUCUGUCAGAGGACAGAAGCGCCCACCAUUUUCUUGUCGUGCUACAAAGAGAGAUCUCAAAUACUAGUCCUGUCCGGUCCCUUCCAUAGUGCACCUUAGCGCUGAGACUGAGCCAGCCUGUGGGUCGGGCGGGGAGAACCUAUUAGGAACAGAACCUAAUGGUAAAUCCAAGAGAAAUGACCACAUCCAAAGCUGAUUCACACACCCACGCGCACCUGACAGCCGAGCGAUGCGAGAGCAUCGUUCUGCUGACCGACCAUUAGGGGCCUUGCCAAGAUCUACUAUAGAGCAACCCCAGUACCUCAGACGGAAAGUCGGGGCUUUCACCACUACCAGGCUUGGUGGCCCGUUUUCUAGGCAUUGUGAACAGGCAGGUAGCUAGUCACCCCUUUCAGACCAAUGCAGACGGUCUCUGCACACAUUUCCAGUUGGGCCUGGAGGGAGGGCGUUCAUUUGUUCUUUCUUCUCAGCUUUGUGAGGAAAGGAAGGAAGCGAUCUAGGAUCAACUGAACAGCCAGGAAUCUGGCAGCAUCACGAUUUAAGCUAAGGCUGGGAGGCUAAACAAGUCUACCUCCCUCUUUAUAAAUCAAAGAGUUGUUCGAGAUGGGGCUGUCAACCCUUUCAAUGAAGGUCAGUUUCAAGCCAGACGUGAAUUUAUUCGGCAGCAGCGCAGCAGCACCGUCACGUCCUCAGCCGCGCUAGACAGCUUCCAUUUCGGGUUCAUCGCGCAGAUGCGUUUUGGGAAAAUGGAACGGUAAGGCAGAAUUUCAUAGGAAACUACCAGGAGGCAGAAAACCGCGGAAGGAUUAGAGAAGGAACAGUUGCUGAGGAGACGCAGGAAACUGUUAUUUUCUCAGUGGUUUUUUCCCUUAGCAUGCGACCAAGGUGGUAUUUCUAUAAUUAGACUUUAAUACUGAUAGGGCUGAGAGAGGCUUUGGUAAGCAACGAAUGUUCAGAGAUAAACAGUGUAGGAAGGUGAGGAGAAGGUGGUUGAAGUUUGUUUCGUUGCAAGCAGAGCAGAAAGACGCAGCCAAGCUGUUCUCAGAAACUAACCCCAGCAUUUUUUAGUAGAACGGACAUAUCAGAGUGCAGCGGGACCAAGUGGUCUCAGUCCGUGACCUGCAAUCACUAUGGAAUCAAUCCUGGCAGCUGAAAAGAGGAGGUGAUUAGAACAAGUACACAAGUGACAGUGCUUACCUGCUUUUAAACUUACGGGCUUGAGUUUCGUCAGCGACAGUCUGGUCCUGUUUUGAAGCCUUAGUUCACGUCAGCAGCUUUUUUUUAGGGUGGUGGGUGGGUGGUAGCAGUGUUCUUUACUGUAAGUGUAGCUAGUUGCUGACUCGUAUCUCAGGUUUUUCUACGUGUGAGAAGUGGACAGUCCUGUGAGUUGGAUGUGAGUUCAUGUUUCCCAUGGUGACUGCUAAAACCAGCAUAGAAUGACAUGAUUCAAAACCGACUUGAUUGUGACGAUUAUGAGCUUCAUAGAACAUAACUGGUUAUGCACAAAUAAUGGGCUAUGAUAUGGGUAUAAAAUGAAGAGAGUAAACUGCGUAGGGAGUGCGUUGUUACCAUACUGGAGAAGUUCUGUUAAGAGUGAUUUAGCUUUUCUAUAUACAUGUAAAUUUUGGAUGUAAUCAGACAUUAUCAAGGUUUCACACAGUAAUUUUCGAUGUGUUAUGUACACACGCACCAAACGAGUAACAGCUCCCUGCUUCCAGAGUCUGGUCACAACUGUGGAACGUUUUUGAGAAAUGAAAUUAACGGUUCCAGUGCUGUAUGUUUCAGGAGGGUUGUGGGACUUGGUUUUAAUGCGAUCUCUGGGCGGAACUGGCCUUCCAUCAUUUGGGGUUUCUCUUGGCCACGGUCCCCUUCCUUCCUGUGACCGAUGUGGUCCUGUGCUACACCCUUUGGUCCUUGAUCACUAACGUCGAGUAAUCAGCCCUUGGAAUGGAGGCCGCCCUGCCUGCCGAAGGGGCAGCCUCUCGGGCCAGCCCCCGAGCCACGCGGGAGGCUGAGGGCCGGGCAGGGCGGCGGCUGACUCUUUGCCGCGUGGAAUCCGAGGGGGAGCCCUGGAGCCUACCAGGUGAUACAGAUGGUGAUUUCAUACGACAGAACUAGACUUCGACGUGAGAAAUGCUGGAAAAUGGCUUAGGACAUUUGUAAAGUUAGGUGGGAAGACUGUAUAAAUGUUUAAUAUGAAUAUAGUGUUCUUUUGUAGUAAGGCAAGCUGUUGAAUGGUUGAAUUGUGCAUUUCUCAUGCUGAUGUGUCAUGAAUGUUAAUAUGAUGAAAUAAAAUCAAAACUGGUA